UUAGUUGUCUUCACACUGUUAUUGGUCGUCAGUUAUAUAAAAGUCACGUUUAUAAAGUUAUUUCCCUGAUUUGCUAAAAUAGUUGCGUAAUUACAGUGUGAAAUGGCUGCUAGAGACAUGAGCAGAGAAGAUGCGCUGUCGCGACUGGACCACAAACACGCCUGCCACAUCCUUCUGUAUGCAGAUAGCCAAGCUAAACUCUUCGGCAAAAUCCCAGUUAAACAUAUCGUGCUGAUGCAGAUGCGUUUUGAUGGUUUACUUGGUUUCCCAGGAGGGUUAGUUACACCUUCUGAGGAGAGUCUGGAAGCGGGGCUGAGCAGAGAGCUACAGGAGGAGUUGGGGGCAUCAGUGCCAGUGACCAUGGAUGACUAUGUGUCCUCUCACCUUGCUCAGUCUCCUCCCCGCCUCAUCUUGCACUUCUAUAGCAAGAAGAUUAAAGAGGCUGAGCUGCUAGAGAUUGAGAGAGCUGCAGUUUUGAAUGCAGUGGAUCAUGGCUUAGAGGUGUUGGGUCUAACUAGAGUACCCCUCUAUACCUUGAGGAACGGUGGUGGUCUUCCUUGGUUCCUAUCUCACUCAUUCAUCAGCAACUCGCGAGCCCAGCUGCUGGAGGCACUGCGGCGUUUGGAUUUGGUGUCACCUCAGGCUCUGGAGGAAGCUGUGAAAAAGGCAGAGGAGAUGAGACACACAGUCAAAUCUGAUCCGCACUAACAUUAUCUCUGUGAACUUACUGUCAUCAAAAUGAGCAGAACAGCCCUACUGUUCCAGUCUUCCGCUUGGGAAAUGCUGGUCUUUUCUCCCUGGAUCUAUCUUUUGUCUUGAUGUCAGUUUACAUACUAAUGUAACUACUAAAAUGACCAGAAUCUAUCAGGAAUAAUUAGAGCUUAUUAGUCUAUGUACAUCCUUAUAUAAAAUAUCUGAUAUGUAUGCAUAUAAUGUGGGGGAAAAAAACCCCAAAACAUUUAUUUAUUUUUAUUCACACACAAUGGUGUAAAGAAGUAUUUGCCCAUCCUGAUUUCUGUUUUUGUGUAAGAUUAAACAAAGUAAACACAAAAUACAGUUUUUAAAUGAUAAUGUUGUUUAUUGAAGAAAAAAGGUUUUCCAAUACCAACUGGCCCUGUGUGAAAAUAUAUUUGCUCCUGUAGUUACUAAUUGCCAAAAUCUAUGGAAGGUUCAUCUGGAUUAGACACAACCAGGCCUAAUUACUGCAAACCCUGUUCAGUCAAAUCAACAGUUGGUUAAAAUGUCUUAACCAGUAACGCACUAUGCCAAAAAUUGAAAGAAAUUCCAGAAAUGAUGAAAAAGAAGAAGAAGGUGACUGAAAUACAUCAGUCUGGGAAGGGUUACAAAGCUAUUUCAAAGGCUCUGGUACCCCAAAGAUCCACAGCGAGAGUCUUCAUCUCCAAAUGGAAAAACUCUGCACAGUAGUGAACCUUCCCAGAAGUGGCCGACCUUCCAAAAUUCCUCCAAGAGCACAGCAACUACUCAUCCAGGAAGUCACAAAAGAGCCAAGGACAACAUCAAAGGAACUACAGGCCUCUCUUGCAUCAAUAAAGGUCACUGUUCAUGAGUCCACUAUCAGAAAGACACUGGGCAAAAAUGGCAUCCAUGGAACAGUGGUGAGGGGAAACCACUGCUAACCCAGAAGAACAUUAAGGCUCGUCUGAAUUUUGCAAAAACACACCUUGAUGAUCCUCAAACAUUUUGGGAGAAUGUUCUGUAGACUACGGAGUCAAAAGUGGAACUGUUUGGAAGACAGGGUUCCGUUACAUCUGGCGUAAACCAAACACAGAAUUCCUCAAAAAGAACAUCAUGCCUACGGUCAAGCAUGGUGGUGGAAGUGUGAAGUUUUGGGGAUGCUUUGCUGCUUCAGGGCCUGGGCAACACAAAACCAGAAGAUAUCAGGAUGGGGCAAAUACUUUUUCACAGCACUAUAUAUGAUUUGUUAAGCAGUGUGGGCCAUCUGCUGACCUGGGUCUUGAAUGGAAUGAAGUGACCUGCAGUAAAGUCUUCAGUUUGAGAAUUUUGGUUUAUUUUAAGGGAAUAAGCUUUUUGGCUUAUUCCUUAUAAGUGCUCAGAAAUAAAACAGUUGGACUUUUUGACCUUUGGAAUGUUAAUAUAACUGCUUGGAAGUGUGAAUGCAGAAAUAAAUUGAUUCUCAUGUAA